GCUUCCCCGCGCGCCCGCCCGCGCCCGCCCGCCGAGCCGCCGCGAUGGGCCCCGCGCGUCUGCUGGCCCUCGGCUGCCUGGCCCUUCUGGCUGCGCCCGGCCGGCCCCGCCUGCUGCGCGACGCCGAGCCCGGCUUCGGGGACUGCGACGGCUUCUUCUACGCGGGGGUCGCGCCCGGCCCGCGCCCGGACGACGCGCUGCGGCUGUGCCAGCGCUCGGGGGGCGCCGCGCGCUUCGCCACUGUGUACAGCGCCCCGCUCCGCACGCCCCUCUACUCCGCAUUCCGCGCGCCGAGCCCCGCGGCCCCCGCCGAUGCGCCGCGCCCGCUGCUGGAGCCGCAGAUUGACGACCCGGACAGUGGCCUGGAGGAGGUGGUGGACGAGGCGGAGGCGGUGGCCGCGGGGAGCCAGCUGGGGAGCCGGCAGGCCUUGAGCACAGACUACGAGGGCUCGGAGUAUGAGCCGGGGCAGCUGUUCCCAUGGCCGCUGGGCAGUGGCGAGCAGGAGGCCGGGUUCGCGCUCACCAACGCUGUGCCCAUGAGCCCGUCCUUCCGGGAGCGCUGGCACGGGAACCUGCGUGGGCUGCUGCAGCGGGCACUGCUCCCGCAGUGCGAGCCGGCCUCGGCCCUGUUCCUGCUGGCGGGCGCCGUGCCCUCGGAGCACACGCUGCGCGGCAGGGUGGCCGUCCCCGAGCUCCUGUGGCUGGCGGCCUGCUGCGCCGUGCCCGGCGGGGGCUGGGCCAUGGGUUUCGUGCAGCACCCCGGGGCCGGGGCAGUCAUCGAGGACGUGAUGGUCAGGGACCUGGAGAAGCUGCUGCCCUCCCGCCCCCAGCUCUUCCAUGACAACUGCGGAGAGUCAGAGCAGGACACGGAGAAGAUGAAGAAGAUUCUGGAAACCGUCAACCUGCUCCAGGAGGAGGAGCGGGCCGCGUGGGCCCAGGGGGCGCCCCAGCCCCCACCCGCACCAGCCCCGCAGCCCCCACUGGAGGCCGAGGACACGAGGGGCCUGCUGGGGCGGCUGCUGGGCCUGCUGUGGUCCCUGGUGCUGGGCGUGCUGCGGGCCGUCCUGCAGCUGCUGUGGUUUGUGGUCGGGCAGGUGGUCCAGACUGUGGAGGGUGGCCUUUACCGCCUAGGCUCCGCCGCCGUCUCCUACGUGCUGGCCAUCGGCAGGGAGCUGCUGGGCAUCCCCUGGAAGGUGCUCCAGGUUGUGCUGCGGCUGCUGCGGGCCCUGCUGCGCGUGCUCUGCUGCCUGCUCAAGACCGUGUGCCGCGUGCUGGGGCUGCCGGCCCGUGUGCUGCUGGACGUGGCCGCCUUCCCCGUGUACACGGUGGGCGCCAUCCCGGGUGUGUGCCGGGACAUCGCCACGGGCCUGGGGGGCACCCUGGUGCUGCUCUUCAACACGGCCUCGGGCACCGUAGGGGGGCUGCUGCAGGUGCUGUUCGGGGUCUUCCGGCGGGUCGGCCCCCGCGCUCCCGUGGACAACGCCGGGGACUUGUAGGGGCCGGUGUGGUGGGUGCGGGGGCU